CACCGCGCCGCCGUUCAGUCCAGUCAUGCCAACAUAGUCGCGCGGUGCGUUUAUUGUGUUUAUUCGACAGGCGAACUGUUUCUCGUAUACGGUGCGACAUUCUGUUUGCGAGCUUUAUGGAAUUUAUCGUGGCAUUAUGUUGACCUCUUCUAAUCAAUAUUUAAGGCCGGAAUACCUUACACCACUACCUACCACGUUGGACGCCAAGAAGAGUCCCUUGGCUUUGCUGGCUCAAACUUGCAGUCAAAUAGGCGCUGACACGCCGAACGCGAAGCUAUUGCAGUCCAGCGAGAAGUCGAGCAAAUCGUCGAAGAGUGACAUCCACAAGGAUAAAAACGAGCAGCCCCACAAAAGCGCUUCGAAGGGCGAUGGACGGGAGAAGUCGAAGACGCCCGAGGAGCGGGCCAACUCGGCGAAUCGCGUGCGAACUCCCGUGGCCUCGAAGACGUUGUCCAACGGUAGGUGUUCGAGCAACAUCAGCUCGUCGCCGAGGUCUUCUCCGAGCGAGUUAAAGAGCAACGUGGAAAACGGUAGCGAAAGAACGACGAGCCCGGAGAAGUCGGGCGAAAGGACCAGUCCUCAGACGCCUUCAUCGUCCGCGUCCAAAACGGCUUUUACUCCGAACAUUUUAACGUCCUCCUCCGAUCCAGCCAUUAAAGAUCUACCAUUAGGAACGUUCAAGCCGGGCGUUCCGCCGACGACUUCGCCGUUUCUCGGCUACCCGUCGCCAUCGUUCACGUUAGGAAUGGACCUAAUGGCCAGCACGUUAAUGAACCAACACAACGCAUUGAAAGGCACCGGUCUAGUUCCGUACAUCGGCUACGGUCGAUUAAAAAGCCAAGACUCUUUGUGCAGAGAUCCCUAUUGUACAGGAUGUAGUGUUAGUUCUCAUUUGUUGGGUGCCUCGAGUGCUGUCAAGACAUGUCCGGCCGGAUGCACGCAAUGUGAUCAUUCUAAACCGCCCACGACCGCGAGCUACAUGAGCCACAGUCCCGCCGCAGCGGCGUACGCUCACGCACAAUUGGCGGCGCUCGCCGCCGCUUCCCAUCUACCUUACGUCUGCAAUUGGAUAUCGGGCGACGCUGCCUACUGCGGCAAACGGUUCUCUAGUUCGGAGGAGUUACUGACUCAUUUACGGACUCAUACCAGCGGCGCUAUAUCGGAUACGGGUGCCGCUUUGUCCAUGCUGAGUUCACCCGGGCUACCUCCCACGCAUCCCUUGUUGCACAGAACAUAUCCCACGCCACCGCUUAGUCCUUUGGCAACGGCUAGAUAUCAUCCUUAUGGUAAACAAUCCUUGCUGCCGCCGUCUUUUAGUUCCUCAUCGUUGCCGGGUUUCCCGCUAGGACAUCCCGGCUUAUCGCCGUAUCUGUCGCCGUACUCGCUGUACGGGCCGAGGCUCGGCGCGGCGCCCGGAAUGCCGCAGUAAGACGGAAAAUUUCUAAGCCAAAUAAUGUUGCUGUGUUAUGGACUUUCCCUAGUCUCACCUUAUUAUAUUUUUCGUUUCACCCGGUGUAUUAUUGUGUGGACGUGACAGUGUGAUAUUAUUUAUAAUACAUUCUCGAGUGACAUCUAUAAGGAGUUGGCGCCGCAAAUUAACGCCCUCGUAUGUUGUUUCUAAUUCGGAACAAAAGUGGGUUAUUGUGGUAGCUAAUUGAGAAUUACUCUACGUAUUUAAUUAAUUUGUAGCGUCAACUCUAAUCACAAAUUGUAUGUAUAUAUCAGGUUUGUUCCAACUGAACAGAACAUCGUACGGUCAUCGUCAUGCGCAGUCGAAUUAUUUGUUCCGAUUAACGACUUAACGGAACGGAUUUUAUUUACUGCGCAUGACGAUGACCGUACAUUGUACGUUUUUCUGUACAGUUGGAACAAUCCUAUAGUAUUGAAUAUCGCAUCUACCGAGCGGGUAGGAAAAAUUCCAAAUUUUUGAAUGUGUAUAUAUUUAUGUACAGAUCUCAGUAAGAAGAUAUAAUUUAUUGUUAAUUUUUUUGCUCAAAAUUCGAAUUUUUAUUGCAUUUCUUUUGUACUCGGAUCAUAAGAAAUUUCUCGAAAAAAAAUCUAUAUUUUUAGCAUAUAAAAUUAUAAAAAUUUCGUCCUUAAAUAUCCACCUGGUUUGUUCCGUUUAAAAUAAAAUGUAACUUUAUAUUAGACUGAAUUUAUUUUAAUUUGCCUAAUACGUUUUAGUUGUUUCUAAUUUGUUUUUUUUAAGAACUGAAACAAUUGUUAAUUGUAAUUAUUACAUAAUCACGAAUCGAGUUCUAACAAACAACAUGUGUAAUUUUAGUUGAAUACUUUAUAUUUUAUAUUGUUAAAUUUUGAUGUAAUUACUGUUUCAUUUUUUUGUCUUUUA